AUGGAAGGCGGUGAUGGCCCAUACAGCUACACUCAAAAUUCUGAGUACCAGAAACAAUCACUGGAUUCAGCUAAGCAACUGACGAAUGAACUGAUUGAUCAACAUCUUGUUGUUGGAAACCAUCCAUGCUCUUUCAGUAACUCAUAUCGAGUUGCAGAUUUUGGGUGUUCUGUCGGUCCUAACACGUUCUGUGCAGUGCAUAACAUCAUUGAAGCUGUUGAAAACAAAUACAAAUCCCAAAAGAUGGAAUCACGGACGCCAGAAUUCCAUGUCUUCUUUAACGAUCACGUUGGCAAUGAUUUUAACACACUCUUCAGAAACAUUCCUGCUACUGGACGCUACUUUGCAGCAGGUGUUCCGGGUUCUUUUCACGGGCGCCUACUUCCUAGUUCUACGCUACAUUUUGCACACUGCUCCACCGCGCUUCACUGGCUCUCUAAGAUCCCGAAAGAAGUGACGGAUAAGAAUUCCCCUGCAUGGAACAAGGGCAGAAUCCACUAUGCUGGAGCUGCUAAAGAAGUUAAAGAUGCAUAUUCAACUCAGUUUGCAAAAGAUUUUGAUUCUUUCCUGAGCGCGAGAGCUCAGGAGCUCGUUCCAGGAGGAUUGAUGGUGCUUGUAUCACUUGGAUUCCCGGAUGGAGUCCAGGUAUGCGAGUCCAGUAUGGGAGAAAAUUUUAACAUUCUCGGGUCCUGUUUCCUGGACAUUGCCAAAACGGGAAUCAUCACUCAAGAGAUGGUGGAUUCAUUUAACUUGCCGUUUUAUUAUCCAUGGCCAUCGGAACUGAAGUCGCUGAUUGACGUAAACGGAUUGUUUGAGAUUAAGAAAAUAGAGAAGUUGGUCGCCCCAACAAGACAAGUAAAGCCGGACCUUGCUGUCUGCGUCCUUCACCUUAGAGCUAUCCUCGGGGAACUCAUCAAGAAACAUUUUGGUGAAGGGAUAACGGACAUCUUGUUCAAACGUCACACGAAAAAGUAUGUCGAGAGUCCUAUUGUGUCUGAUGGGAGGUAUUUUAAAGAAACUAGCUAUUUCGUCUUUCUCAAGCGGAAAAUGAAUUGUGCAUCCUAG